AUGUCCGUCAAUGUAUGUGUUGGGCAAACGAAUUACUAUCUAGCUCAAGGAAGAGGGAUCAGGCGCAUCAUCGCUUUAUUCAACAACAUCGAGGACCUCGUCACCGAGAAUGACAGAAGAUAUGAUGAGGAUGCGGCCACUUUUGAUCAAGACCAUCUGCAGACGGCGUAUGAUAUACUGACGAGAACUUUGCCAUGGAUCGUGAUGUGGUCCUCCGAAAUAGAGCACAAUGAGUAUAUACGCAUGAUUAAAAUGCUUAGGCAGGGAGCUGAUGGAGCUCGAGGAGACGACACAUCAAAACUCAAGGCUCUUGUUGCCGACUGGGUCAAUCGUGAACUCAAACCGAAUCCCCUGGUGGACCCCGACGAUAAACAUACUCGCGGGUUCAUCAACGACACGUGUGGCAAGUUACUCUGCACGGCCGAGCUGGACUGGAAUAACCCGGCCACGAAGGCAGGGAUUCGAGAUCGCUCUCAAGGUUAUAUUGUGGCUUUUAAGGCUGUCUUCACGUCACCCUCCUCAGCAAAGGACGUCGAGGGCGAGGGCGACGGCACAGACAUCAUCGAGAACAAUAGACGUGCCAGGAGGGCUGGCUGGGGACUCAAGGUAAAAAAACAUGUUGCGCAGAUAAUUAAGAUGGAGAAAGUCACUCCUCGCUCGAUUGCGUAUAUCGCCUGUCAAGUACGAUUUGCACUUUCUUCCAUCACGUUGUGGCGGACCGUUGAUGGUGACUUUGACUAUAUACUAUUCUGGCGAAGCGCAGCGUCGGGUCAACAAACUCCUUGAGUGGUGGACUAGGAAGGUCUUUGGUAGGAGUCGGCGUGAGGACCUUACCGACGUUAUGAGGUCCAGCAUGUCUGUCAAUGCUCUCGCAAGACAGAGGGCGGAACUUGACGAUGCUGCUUUCAAUUCAAACUAAGGGUCUAUUGUCGUUUAAUACUAUAUCGUGCUUUGAUAAUCCAUGAAUACCUUGAUUCAUACUAUUGUGCCUCUGGCAUUCUUGUUAAACAU